CCACCGCCAAGGAAACAUUCACCUACAAAAGAUGAAUGAGGCUGACUCAGUUAAAAAUGACUGCGAGUGCAUAACAUCUGCAUUUGAAGCUGUAAAUAAGGAAGGAUCAAUGCGUACGUUGGAGUGCUACAUGUAUACCGAAAUCUCACAGCUUUCUGAAAUAACCAACAAGAUAAUCAAAAUUCCGAAAAUGACAAAAAUAAAACAGAGUGUACACUUUCAAGUGAAAGAUAUGGAAGGAGUUAAAGCUCUGGAGCUCUGGGCCAUCAUAAACGGUGCACCGACAAAUCGUCCACCAAAAUUCAUUUCUAGUCAUUACGCCAUUGAAACGGCCAGUACUGAUUGCUUACUUUUGUCAUACGGCCCGCCGAGCAAUGGAAGACUCAAGUGCAUGCUGUGGGGCUUAUCAAGAAAAAGAGUGAACGAAGAUACCAUAUACUUUAAGGAGGCUCAAUCACUUUGCGAGGAAGACAUAUACGACCUCACGGAAACUGAGAGCACGUGUGAUCACUAUGACAUUGAAGAAGAAAAAACAGUUGAUCAAAUAGGACAGGAUGUGGAAGCUAAUGACCAGCCUGGCCAGUAAAUUUCUUCUAUAA